AUGGGAAAUUAAUGGAUUAAAAAUUAUGAUAUAGACAAAAAACCAUAUCUCACAGGUGGUUAAAACUCAUUAUGGUAAAGUAAUGAAAAAUAGAAUUAAUAUAGUUCAUAAUGCUAAGAAACAUAAAGAAGAGUUUUCUGUUUUUAUAUUUGAUAAAAGAAGUGUUCAUAAGAUUGUCAAAAAUGAAAAAGAGAGAGAAAUGAUAUAUGCCACUUUAAGAAAAGAAGGAGAAAGGCUUGCCUCAAUUAGACAUCCAUGUAUACUUUCAGUAAUUGAACCACCUGCAGAAGAUCAUAAAAGAAUUGUUUGUGUUACAGAAAAAGUUAUUGGUACCUUAAAUUCUAUUAUUAAAAGUAAAAUUCAAGUUUAUAUCUAGAUGAUAAAUUGAAUUCAUGCAGCAUAAUGGACGUGAAAUUAAUUAUGUUAUAAAUCAUAGAAGGAUUAAGUUUUCUACAUAAUGAUGUAAAAUUAAAUCAUUUAAAUCUUUCACCAGAUAAUAUAUAUAUAACUAUUGAAGGAAAAGUCAAAGUAUAUGUUCUAUUUAAAUUUAGAUAGGAGGAUUUAUUUUCAGUUAAGCAAAUCCUAUGGGAAAUUCAAUUAAUGUUGAUAUUGAUUUAAUUCCUAAACCUUAUGAUAAAUAAUUAUAACUCUAUCCAGAUUUAGCUUUUAUGGCACCAGAAUUAACUUUAAAUCCAUCAUUAGGCUCAUUUCAAUCAGAUAUAUUUUCAUUAGGAUUGAUGUAAAUAUAUAAUAAAUUACUUUAGUUUGGCGGGCUUAAUAAGGUUACAGUUAACUGGAAUGAAAGACUUAACUUUAUUCUAAAUUACUCACAUCACCUAAUAUUAAUCGAGUUUUGAUUGUCUCUAACCAUUUAUCUAAAAAAGCCCAUUUUUUAUUUAAAUUUAAGAUCAAUCAUUAAAAGAUCUUAUAAUCAAGAUGUUAAGUAAAGAAUUAAACUAAAGGCCUGUUAUUAUGGAUAUAUAUCAUCAUGAAUUCUUUUUAGAUCCUUUAAUUCGAUUGAUGCAUUCUCUUAAAUAAUUUCAAUAAUUCGAAUCUGAUCAAUAGGCAGCUUUACUGAAAUAAAUCUCAAAAAGCAUUUAUAAGGUAUAUAUUGAUAAUAUUUAUGAGUUUGAAAGAUAAGUAAUCAUUAAAAAUAUCUUACCAAAUAUUAUGCCGUUAAUAACUAAUGAAAAAUUGAUGUAACAUGUUAUAUUCAUCGCAAUCGAUGUUUCUAAAAUGCCUGAUUAAGUUAUUCAAGAUAAGUAUAUUAAUUUAUGUUGGAAUUACAUUAAAAAGGUUUCUGGAUUAUCAUGUAUGCCUGCUCAAGCUCUUUAUUGUUUGGUAUAAAACAUCAAAUAGUUUUAUGAAAUUAAAAUACCUGAUAAUGAAAUUCAAACACAUCUAGUUCCUCUAUUUGUAAAAUGUUUUGAAUCUGAUGUUGCUAAACUUUAAGAAGUUGCAUUAAAUUAAACUCAAAUGAUCAUGGAAAAAAUUGAAUAUUAAUACACAAAAAAUAAAGUAUUCAUAAUGUUUAAUCUAAGAUUUUGCCUAGAUUAUUAUAAUUAUGUUUGGAUUCAUCCAAUAAGGAAGUUAAUCUAUUAGCACUAUAAGUAUUGAGCAAAACUUAACACAUAUUUGAUAAAAUUUCUAUUUCUGAUAAUAUUUUACCAACUUUAGAAAAGUUUAGAAAAAUCACAGCCCCUACAAAAAUUUAAGCUUAAUUAUUAUUAGAAAUAUAUAAAUCAUUUUUACAGCAUCUAAAUUAUGAAGUAUUUAUAUAUAUAAAAAUAGCAAAUUGUAACUAGAUUACUUCCUUAAUUAUUACCUUAUAUAAUUGAAUUAAAUAUUGGGAAAUCUUUAAUAUAAAAAUAUUCAGAAUUACUUUAAAAUUUAAUUUAGAAAAUAGCUGUAGAAAGAAUGUCAUGUUUACCUGAGGAUAUUGAUGAAUAAUAAUAAUAAUAGUAAUAACAGUAAUAAUAGUAAUAAUAAUAGUAAUAAUAAUAAUAAUAAUAAUAAUAAUAAUAAUAAUAAUAAUAAUAAUAAUAAUAAUAAUAAUAAUAAUAAUAAUAAUAAUAGUAAUAACAAUCAUAAUAAUCAAAUCUAUAAUUUUAAAAACAGAAUUCUCUUGAAAGAUCAAAUAAUAGUUGUUAAAAUAUUGGUGAAUUUAAUAUUGAUCAACUUUAACCUCUAUCUUUGUAAUAAAAUAAAUCAAAUAGCAAUUUUUCCCCAACUGUAGCAGGUAUACCUUAAAAUGGAAUUCUUGAAAUACCUCAAUUAAAUAUUGCCCUUACUCCAAUUUAAUAAGGUUAAGUUUAAUAUUCAAUUCAGAAUAAUACUUAAAAUUAUAAUCCGCUAUCAAUUGGAAUUCCGUAAGAUAAUUUUCAAUAAAAACCUUUACAUUUUGAUUUUGCAAUGCCAUUCGAUCAUUCUGAAUAAUUAAAUAUUCAAUCAAACAUGAACUUAUUGAAUUAAGAUAGUUUUCAAUAGAUAAAUUAAUAAAAAUAAUAACCAAACAAUCUUCUUCAAAUAAAUAAUUAAUUGAUUAAUUUUGAUAAUCCAUUCUAAAAUAAUCCAGCAUAGUAAUAAAAAGGGUUUAUUAAUAAAUAUAAAGAAUUUGA